UGUUGGAUCGUGUAUCUAUAUAUAUUGACUGAUCAGUGAUCAUAUCGGCCAACUUGACCCAUCUUUUCAAGACUAUUUUAUCUCCAAUUCUUGUAGUUUGUAACAAGCAUAUUCAUUACCACCUCAUAAUGGAAGUGGGAAGAAUACAAACCUUGGCUUUGGAUAACCUCAAAGAGAUUCCACCUCAGUUCAUUCGUCCAGCAAAUGAAAGGCCAGAAAACACUAAAGCCCUAGAAGGUGUCACUGUGCCUCUCAUCUCGUUGUCUCAACCACAUGAUCUUUUGGUGAAGGAAAUAGCCGAAGCUGCUUCUAAGUGGGGGUUUUUCCAGGUAACUGAUCACGGUAUAUCACACACGUUGAUCCAACGUUUGCAAGAGGUUGGUAAGGAGUUCUUUUCCCUCCCUCGUGUAGAGAAAGAGGCUUAUGCAAAUGACCCUUCCAAUGGUAAGUUUGAGGGCUAUGGCACAAAAAUGACCAAAAACCUUGAAGAAAAGAUAGAGUGGGUUGAUUAUUUUUUUCAUAUCAUGUUGGUAUCAAAGCGGGGUCGAUCCUGCUCUGCCGUCCGCUGCCAUUCGCCGCCGUCUAUCGAUGACCUCUUACUCCAGCAAACCUAUGGUUUGGUGUGCCUCAUCAAGCGCAACCUAACCCUAUCAACUCCAGUGUCAUUGGAGCUGAGGAAGUACAUUCAUGACCUGAGUCAUGUGGUGGAGCUAGACGAUGUGCGAGUAAAGGAGAACUUGACAUUUGAGAAGUUGCUAGUAACGGUUAUUGAUCAUAAUCUGAAAGAGUUGAGGGCCUCACUCACCCUUCCCCACACAACUCAUUUUCUCUCCAAAUACUCACUUCUCCUUUUCUCCCUUUUGCUGGUGGCGAUUCUUGGCAGCUGA